ACAUGACCCGGGUCACAUGACGCGGAGCCUCGGUUCCACCUCCUGGUUCAUGUUCACUCACAGCACGGAGCGAGGCUAUUAGCUGUUAGCUGUUAGCUUCCACUGUCCAGACGGCCGACAUGAGUUUCCUGGGAGGUUUGUUUGGGCCGGUGUGUGAGAUAGAUGUGCUGCUGAACGAUGCUGAGAACAGAAAGACUGCUGAGUUGAAGACAGAAGAUGGGAAAGUGGAGAAACACUACCUGUUCUACGAUGGAGAGUCUGUGUCUGGGAAGGUGAAUCUAAAUGUGAGGCAGGGAGGAAAGCGACUCGAGCACCAGGGCAUCCGCAUCGAGUUUGUCGGACAGAUAGAGCUCUUCUCUGAUAAGAGCAACACCCAUGAAUUUGUGGACCUGGUGAAAGAGUUAGCGCUGCCCGGAGAACUCGCUCAGAACAGAAGCUACGACUUUGAGUUCAUGCAGGUGGAGAAGCCCUACGAGUCCUACACGGGAGCGAAUGUCCGGCUAAGGUAUUUCCUCAGGGUGACAAUAGUUCGUCGUCUGUCUGACUUAGUGAAGGAAUACGAGUUAAUUGUCCACCAGUUAGCCACGUACCCAGAUGUCAACAACUCAAUCAAGAUGGAGGUCGGCAUUGAAGACUGUCUUCACAUCGAGUUCGAGUACAAUAAAUCCAAAUACCACCUCAAGGACGUGAUUGUUGGGAAGAUCUACUUCCUGCUGGUCAGGAUCAAGAUCCAACACAUGGAGCUGCAGCUCAUCAAGAAGGAGAUGACAGGCAUUGGUCCCAGUACUACGACCGAGACGGAGACUGUUGCAAAGUAUGAAAUCAUGGAUGGAGCUCCAGUUAAAGGGGAAUCAAUCCCCAUCAGACUGUUCCUGGCAGGUUAUGACUUGACAGCCACCAUGAGGGACGUCAACAAGAAGUUCUCUGUGCGCUACUUCCUUAAUCUGGUGCUGGUGGACGAAGAGGAUAGAAGAUACUUUAAACAACAGGAGAUCGUUUUGUGGAGAAAAGCCCCAGAGAAGAUGAGGAAAAGAAACUUCCAUCAGCGCUAUGAGUCGCCCGAGCCCCGAACCCAGCCGGUUAAUGCAGAGCAGCCAGAGAUGUGAGCGCGAUAUCAUGAACUAAGAAUACACACCGACGCACCCCAACUCUUCACUGCUGAACAGCCAGAGGUGUGAGAGCUGCCCCAAUAUCUCCUGGGACUGAGAAAUGUCUGUAUCCAUGAAUACACAUAACAUACUUUCAGAUAUCCCCCCUUAAACCACCUCACAGCUUCUGAUGUGAGCUGUCCUGCCACCACCACUGUCUCCCCCAGGACUGAAAACACUCGCAUACAGAUGCACAAGUCUGCUGAAUGCUCAAUAUCAAGGCAAGAGUGCAAAUCUAACCAACCCAUGAAAAGGAACAGUGAGGCAGCCUGUUUGAUCCAGGCGUCUCGGACUGAAAACGCACAUGCUCAAACACACACACACACAACACACACAAACACACACACACCACACACACACACACACACACACACACACACACACACACACACACAGGUGAAGCCAUAGAGUUUCCGUUUGCUGAAUGAAACUGGAGAAAAGACAGAAGAGAUGUGAUAUCUACACACGACCACCACACCAUUUAUGGCUUUCUUCUGCAACAGGAGCUUCUUUCGGCUGCAUGUUUGGACGGCACUUAUCCAGGAGGUUCUCCGGUAUCCUCCCUCCCAACCCUCAACAAAAUGAUGUGUUUUUUUUUUUUAUCUAUAUGGGCUACCAAGUGAUUAAGUGCACAAGUCAUGGGGAUCAGCUUGAAUACACAACAUGACGGCCUGAGUCGGCACAUGAGCUCUAUAUUUAUACACAAUACAUGAGUUUAAAUAAUGACACCACUGUGCUCUCUCGCUCAUCCUUACGUUGCUGCUAAGUUUUAUUUAAGUAUGAUGCAACAGUCUGCAAACUGCUCGUUUCAAUUCAAAUCUCAACUUAAUUUUCAAUUUUCAAAUCCACUUUGGUUUCAUACAGAAAAGGUUUUGACUCAAUGCGGACAUUAUGAAUUCAGUGUCAUUCAUUUCAUAAAAUUAUGAGAGUAAAUUACUAUUAUAUCGAGCUGCAACUAAUCGGGGAGAGAGAGAGAGAUGUGUGUUCUCAUUGUGUCCAUAUGACUGAACAGAAAAUAUAUUUAUUUGUUACUUGGUGGUGUCAGUUCACAUUAAUAGAUGAAAGAAAUGCAUUGUCUUCCAUUUCUGAAAUGUAAAGCUUAAAAAAAUUUGAAAGGUGAUGAAGUUGCCUGAAAACUGAAAUUCUGUCUUCACCGCACGAUUAACGAUUCACAUUUUCAAUGGAGCGAUGAAAUGAUGCUCGCCACGAUCAGCAGACGGAAGUUCCACUCUUGUCACUUUCACCUUAUUUUUUACAAGGUGUACUUUCUUUUUUUAAGCUGGUUUGGUAGACCUAGAAAACUAAUGUAAUAUAUGACUCAUGCCUGCUGUUGUAAGCACUGGAAGGCGUGCAGCAUCAAUAUACUGUAAAAUCCAAUUAUGUUCCACUGUGAUGCUCAGACCGGCAGUUUAGGUCCAGCUUUAAAGACACACUCCUACACGCACAUGGUUUGGUGGUGUAACCAGUCCAGGGUGUGGGGUCUAUUUGCCCGUACGCUCUGAUCUGUGGCCAGUUUUGCAUGUUUCCCUUUGGAUGCUUAACUCUGUAUAAAGGGGCAUGGAAGCUGAAAUGAAACAUCACUCAAGGAAAACUUCACCACAGAGCUCUCCUGUCUGUAAUGGAAAAUAUACUGUCAUUUAUAUAUCACUACUUAUUUAAACUGAAUUUACUAGUACAAUAUGUUGUUGCUUUUAUUUUUUUUUGACGUGCAACUCAUGCUCCCAUAAACACUCAGAGCUACAACUCAGUUUUUCUUCGGUUCCUUCACGCGAGUGUUGACCUUUGUAGUUUGAUGUUCCUUUGUCUGGGAACACUGUAAUUUAUUUUCAGUUAUUGCUUUGUAUCUCUGCCUGUCAGAUUUAUCAGAUAUGUUUUCUGUCUUUCUGAACACGGUGCAGGUAGGGUUUGUUUGGUGUUCUUUAAAAGCCAAAACUCUCUGGCCCUGUCUUAUCUACUGCAUGUAUCUUUACACGAUGUCGAAUCAUGCUGUCAAUGUGUGUGUGGGAGUGAGAGAGAGACUGUGUGUGUGUGUGUGUGUGUGUGUGUGUGUGUGUAUACACCGAACCCAAAUAUAUAGCUUUAAAAAAACAGUGAAUAAAGCAAAUUUAUACUGAU